AUGAAGCGCGCGGACGCCGCAGCAGCUUGGGUGCUGCUGGCGGCGCUGUGGCUGGCGGCGGGCGGCGCGCCGGGGUGGCCGCGGGGCCCAGCCGCGCCGUCGCCGUCGCCGCAGCCCCCUCGCCCGCGGCGGCACGCCGCCUGGGCCGCCUGUGCCACGGGCACGCGCUGGAGCGAGACGGCUGGCCGCUGCUGCGCCGAGUGCCCCGCAGGGACCUUCCUGCGCUCGCCCUGCACCCGCGCCGGCAACGACAGCGUCUGCGAGCCCUGUCCCGCCGGCACCUUCCACGCGUGGCCCAACACCGCCCCGGAGUGCCAGGCCUGCUACGAGUGCGACCGGCACGCUUUCCAGAGCGUCCUGAGCAACUGCUCGGCCACCAGCAACGUCGUCUGCAGCUGCGAGCCCGGCCGCUUCCGCGACUGCGUCGACGAGCGCUGCAGCGACUUCGCCUGCCGGCAGUGCCGGCCCUGCGCCGGGCGGCUCGUGCAGCGGCCCUGCUCGGCGACGCAGGACGCGCUGUGCGGGAGCUGCAAGCCCGACUUCUACGCCGAGGGCGGCGAGUGCCGGCCGUGCCGCACGCACCUGGCGGAGACGUGCGGCGAGGAGUGCCAGCGGGCGUGCGGCGGGCGCCGAGGCUCGGGGCUGGAGUACAUCCUGCUGGCGCUCAGCGGGCCCCUCUUCCUGGGCGCGCUCGCCAUCUACCACAAGCGGCUGCGCCUGCAGCAGGACGCCGGCGCCUGCAGCCCGCCGCCGGCCACCCCCGCCCGCGGCCGCCCCGAGUCGCAGGCCCUGCUGCGCCGCUGCGCGCCGGAGCGCGACGCCCGCCCGGCGCCCGCCGCCACCCCGCUGCAGGGCAGCCGGCUCUACGCCGUCAUCGACGCCGUGCCGCUGCGGCGCUGGAAGGAGUUCGUGCGGGUGCUGGGGCUGCGCGACACCGAGAUCGACGUGGUGGAGGUGGAGUUCGCCCACGUCCGCGACCAGCAAUACGAGAUGCUGAAGCGCUGGUGCCAGCAGAGCAGCGCCUCGCUCGACCCCGUCUUCACCGCCCUGGAGCGCAUGGAGCUGGCGGGCUGCGCCGAGGCGCUGCGGCUGCGCCUGCAGGACUGCACCUGA